AUGGCGGCAAUCUCAAGACUUCUUGCUGUGGUCCUUCUUCUUGCCUGCGUGUGUUGUUACGCGACGCCAACAGAUAACACGCUCCUACAAGACCGGAAUGACGCGCCGGCGCUGGACAGCUUAAUUGGAGAAGGAGCGAACCAAGAAGCUCUUGCUCAGCGAACGUUCUUCUACAAUGGAGGCUCAUAUGUCUACAACGAGACAAUUGGCGGGACCAUAAGUGUCGGCAAACAGUAUGUCGAGAAACUCACGCCCAGCUGCGGAGUGAAGCAAAAACACCCCAUCGUUUUCUUUCACGGAGGCGGCGACACAGGAGUGCAAUGGCUCAACAAGCCUGACGGCGGCCAAGGCUGGGCGUCAUACUUCCUCAAGAAAGGCUACGAAGUCUAUAUCGUCGACAUCUGGAGCGUCGGCCGCAGCGCCGAUAGCGCUCUCUCACCCCUCCGCACCUCAGCAACGACCGAAUCUUCCGAGCGCGCAUUCUCAGCCCCCGAGAAGUUCCCCUAUUAUUACCAGGCACGUUUCCACACGCAAUGGCCAGGCAACGGCAGCAAAGGCGAUCCCAUCUUCGACGCCUUCUACGCAACCCUCCUUCCCCUAACCAUCUCCACAAUCCAACAAACAUACUCCCAAUCCGCCACCUGCGCCCUCCUCCGCACAAUCGGCCACCCCUCAAUCCUCAUCACUCACUCCGCUGGUGGUUCCGUCGCCUUCCUCGCCACCGACGCCUGCCCGGAUCUCGUCGCCGGCCACGUAGCGCUCGAAGCAGACCAGACGCCCUUUACUAACUUCGACAACGGGACAUUUGGCGCGCGCGAAGGGCUCCCCACCCGGCCGUACGGCAUCUCCUUAAUCCCGCUCAAUUACUCUCCCCCAAUAAAAUCUCCCGACGAUCUGAAGCGACAGGUGGUUGGGACAUUGGAGGAGACGGAGGGCAGGAUUAGCAAGUAUCCGUGCAUUCAGCAGGAUGUGACAAAGACGGUGCAUACGUUACCGAAUGUGGCGAAAGCACCGGUACUGUUUCUUACCACGGAAGCGAGUAUUCAUGCUUUGUAUGAUCAGUGCUUGGUCGCGUAUUUGAGGCAGGCGGGCGUGGAGGUCGAGUUUGUGAGGCUUGAGGAUCGAGGGAUUAGGGGGAAUGGCCACUUCAUGAUGUUGGAGAAGAACUCGGAUGUCAUUGCUGGGCUGGCGGAUGAGUGGAUUGGGGGGCUGGAAGGGAAGUAA